UAGCUAUGGCAAUUUGUGUGAUCCGGGUCCCGGAUUAGUGCCAUGCAGACUCGCAACGUCUGUACGAUGACAUCACGGGGCAUAGGACUGGCGGCUCUGACUGAUGGAGAAAAGAGCCAGAAGACCCUGAAACUUUACGUCUAACAUAAUUUAGAAUGAUUCAGACUUGAUUGAAACAACAUACGGCAACGGAAUAGAACCGGAAGAACUCCGUUUCAUUUACUGUUGAAUACCGACGGCCAGUCUCGGAAGUUGACUACUGCUGAUUUGAGACUGGUUUUCUACCUGGCUAGCCAGCUACGUUAGCUAGCUGCUAACAGCUUGUAACGUUAGCUAGCUAACAGUAACGUUAGUAGCGAGGCCAGAGAGUCUAACUUUAUCCAUUGAUAAAUAUUUAAGUAAUUAUCAGAAAUAAUCAUAAUUGUUCUAACCAGUCGGUACGUAAUAUUGCGACUGGGCUGGUUUUUGGGGACAUUCAAGACCCCUUCUUGUCAUAACUAGCACUUAGCUAAGCUAGUUAGCAAAGCUAACCAGCAACGUCGCUCCUCUUUCCCCCGUUUUGGGUCCAGUUCAGGCAAGUAAGGAUAACGAAACAACUAGUUCGCUAAACGGGUACUUUUUAUGACAUAAUGGAAAGUUUAACAUUAACUGAUGGAGAGCAGAAGUAUUACUCUGAUUUGUUCGUUUAUUGCGAUACGGACAACACCAAGAAAGUGGCUUCCAACGGCAGAGUUCUUGACCUUUUCCGAGCGGCCCAGCUACCCAGUGAGGUUGUCCUGCAGAUCACAGAGCUCUGUGGAGCCACUCGCCUGGGCCAUUUUGGAAGGAGCCAGUUUUACAUUGCACUGAAACUCAUCGCUGUAGCCCAGUCCGGACUGCCUCUCCGGGUAGAGAGCCUCAAUUCUGUCAAGGACUUGCCUCUGCCUCGCUUUGUUGUGGCCAAGAAUGAGCACGAGGCCAGACACACAGCCAUGUACCCGGACUCUGAGAACCAGGGGCCUUACCAGGGUGUAAUCCCACGACCCCCAGGCCGAGGGCAGGUCAAGAAGGUGUCUGCCCAUGAGGUCAUUCAGUCCUGCGUGCCCACAGUAGAACCACAGCUGCAGCCCGACACCACGUCCCCUGUGGUGUCUCCUCACCAGUCCCCUCCCACCUCGCCCCACUGGAGAAAGCACAAACGUCAGGCCAGCGGGGGGAACGUAGAGAGACAACCUGUGGUUGUGGCAGGUGCUGUCUGGACACCUUUCAGAGAAGCACAAGCAGGACCUGUGGUGGCAGGUGAUGGGAUGUGGUCUGCCCACUCUCCUCCCCCUGUUCAGGAAAGCUGGGAGAACUCUUCGAUACGAACGGUUGCAUCUGCUUCAACAACCAAUGAAAUCCAAAGACAGUCCAGUGGUGGUUAUGACGACCCCUGGAAAAUCACAGACGAGCAGAGACAGUAUUACAUCAAUCAGUUCAAGACCAUCCAACCAGACCUCAACGGUUUCAUUCCUGGUUCUGCCGCAAAAGAAUUUUUCACUAAAUCAAAGCUACCUAUUCUUGAACUGUCCCAUAUUUGGGAGCUGUCGGAUUUCGAUAAAGACGGGGCCUUGACACUGGAUGAGUUCUGUGCUGCAUUUCAUCUGGUUGUUGCUAGGAAAAACGGCUAUGAUCUUCCCGAAAAGCUGCCGGAGAGUCUUAUGCCAAAGCUUAUUGACUUGGAUGACUCAGCAGAGGUUCCAGACCAGGCCCCUGACGUGGGCUACUCGGGCUCCCCCGUGGAGGUGACCCCCAACAAGUCCCCCUCCAUGCCCUCACUCAACCAGACCUGGCCUGAUCUCAACCAGGGCAACGAGCAGUGGGAGACUUUUAGUGAACGCUCCUCCAGCUCACAAACUCUGACCCAAUUUGAUUCUAACAUUGCACCAGCUGACCCUGAUACAGCCAUUGUCCACCCUGUCCCCAUCCGCAUGACCCCAAGCAAGAUCCAUAUGCAAGAGAUGGAGCUGAAGAGAACCGGAAGUGACCACACCCAUCCUACGAGUCCCCUGAUGGCUAAACCACCAGACCUCUCAGAAGAAACUAAGCUUGCCACCUCUAUGAAGUUUGUAACUGCUAACUCUGGUGAUGGUUAUAGCAGUUCAGAUUCAUAUACUUCGGAUCAAGACCCAAUUACAAGUGUUGUAUCUAGACAAAGGUCUCAUUCUGGGAACUCUCCUGAAGGACUGGGUGGUGGCUGCCCCCCACCGCCCCCUCCCAGACCCCACGCCUCCCACUCCCGCUCCUCCUCGCUAGACAUGAACAGAAGCUUUGCGUCUGUCCCCACCGGGCCACAGUUGGCUGGAGUCGUGGCCUACCCUCCAGCCGUGCCUCCUAGACCACUACCCACACAGACCUCGGGUCCCCAUAGUGGGCAUCGCUUGGAUGAGGGCCUGGCAGCUCACUCCACUACCUCGCCCCAGCAGAUCCCGGAGCAGCCCAACUUCGCUGACUUCAGUCAGUUCCAGGCGUUCGCUGCCUCAGAUCAGCGGAGCGACGACGGGGAGAAGCACCCAGAGAGUCUGCCGGUAGAAAAGUCUUCAGAAGGUGCUGGGCCUUUGAGAACCGUGAAGAGUGACAACCAGGAAGAGAGAGCUGCAGCUACUGUGAACUCUGCCAAAGGGUCCAUCAUGGCCCCCCCACCCAAGCCUGUCCGCCGGAGACUGAAGUCUGAGGAUGAACUCCAGGAAGAUGCCCUCCCCCUGAAGUCUAACGUCAUAGCCACUGUUCUAGCUAUACAGCCAUCCAUUCCCAGGUCGAUUGGGAAGGAUAAAAAAGCAAUUCAAGCCUCUAUCAGAAGAAACAAGGAGACCAACACAGUCUUGGCCAGGCUCAACAGUGAAUUGCAGCAACAGCUAAAGGACUUGCUAGAAGAGAGGAUAUCUUUGGAGGUUCAACUGGAACAGCUCAGACCAUUUUCCCAUUUGUAACCUGUGUGUGUGAGGAGGACAAGUCCAUCAGAGCAGAUAGGAGAGGCCUGAAGGGGCCUUUUGUGUGAUUCACAUAGUGUUCUCCCGAUGUCCACUCCCUCUGUGUUCUGCUGUCUACUGUGGGAACCAGACUCUGUCAUCGACUGACUGCAACAACAUACCCUGAGUCAACCUCAUCGGACAGAGAACAGUCUUACCAGAGCGGCUGGGAUGGGAAUGUUACAAAUAUUGGCACUUUAUUUAUCAAAGAAAUAAAGAUUAUUGUAGACGUCAACCCCUUAUAGUAGCACAGGCCCCAGAUGGCCAGGCAGGCAGGCAUAGAACUGGAACUUGAGUCAUGGGGUACUGAAGGCCAAGUUCCCUCCCCCAUUUUUCCCCAUGAUGACAAGUGUCCAGUUCACUGAAUGAGAGGAGCACACUGUGGUCUGCCUGUACUGUGCUGUGUGUGGGCCUGGCCGCCCGGGCCCUGUCGAGGACAGAUAAUCAUACCAGCGAGGGCAUUGGGUGAGGAGAGGGGAAGAGUCUAUGGGAGAUGAUGCUCUAUCCUGGAGCGCCUUGGACUGAUCAUGUGACAGGAAUUCAUUAAUGUUCCAGUUUAUUACAGCCUGUCUGUGUUCAGCUCUGUGUGUGUGUGUUUGGAUGUAUGUGGGCAGGCAACGGUUACAUAAACUGCACAAUGCAACGAGUGUAUGUAUGCGUUCUUCUAGUUUUUCACUAGUCUUCUGCGAUUUGAUCUCUUAACACAGUGAGCUGUAUUACCUUGUGAAGUGAUCGACCCCCAGAUGACGGAACGCCUUUUAGUUUUCGCUCCUGGCUCUGUAGUUGCUCAUGCUGACGCUGCCUGUGCCUGCUACCACAAUACAUUCUUUGAAUCAGCCCUAUCCCAAACACACUAUGGAAGUGAGACCUGAAUGAAAAGACUGCACUUUCCCCCUUUUUUUUUUUACCUGCAUGUUGUUCAUGUUCUUAUCUAGUAUGAAGACUGCGCUUCAAAAUAUACCACUUGAUUUCUACCUGUAUAUCUUACCUAGUAUGACAUUUGUGGUGGUACCUAAACCUUGUGUAACUGUCUAUUUUUUCUUUUUUUUCUUAACUUGGCCUCAAAAGCCUUACUCCUGGCGUUCAGGUUUCCACUGUAAUCUAUUCUCCCUGUAUUGAACCAAGGUGAGCCGCCUUUUCCCCGCUGUUCAGGUUGAUGUACUGUAAAAGGGGUAUGUUGUAUAUUGUAUAUGAUACACACCUUUUGAUCUCAUAUGUACAUUUGCAUUAAUUGCUGACUAACAGCAAAUAUUCUAUUUAAUUGCUUAUAUUAUGGCUGUGGGAUGAUAGAUGUUUAACUGCAUGGAUGUAUCUCUGCAGAAUGAACUAGCAGCUGUGUGAUUUUUACACAAAAUAAAAACGGCACAAUAUUUUAA